UUUAUCUGCAGUGCACACGCACAAUUCAUUCAUCCCAUCUGCAUAGAAGCGUGUCGAGGGUAAUGCAGCCUUUGGAUCCCAACUGGCACUGGUUUUCGAACCGCUCUCUCGACACACUGGUAAAAAACCUUGAUUCCUCGCCCCUCCCUCCCACUUCUUUGCUCAUUUCAUUCCAAUUUUGAACCUCUUCUGCAUCUCGCUCUCCUACACCUCAACUUGCACACUCCCAUUACAGGCUCGCUCUACACCCACUUCGCUUAUCUUCCAACGCUCCCCGUACAUUACAACAUGCGAUUCCGCGCUGCCUUCACCGGGCUGGUGACGCUGGCCUCCGUGAUCGCCGCCGCUCCAGUUGGCGAUACCGAUCCCGAGGUUGCCGCCGCUCAGCGCAUCAUCGACCUUCAGGCGAUUUAUCACAAGCAAAUCUUCACUGACAUCGCCGACCGCCAGAUGGGCUGUUCAGUAAAGAACAUUCAAAUCCGCAAAGAAUGGUCCACCCUCUGCGACGAAGACAAGGCAGCCUUUAUCGCCGCAGUGGGCUGCCUCAACUCGCUCCCCGCCGAGACACCCCUCGAGCGCGCCGCCGGUGCCCACACCCGCUACGACGACUUUGUGGUCGCGCACAUCGAGCAAACCCCCCUCGUCCACGCCUCGGGCCUCUUCCUGCCCUUUCACCGCUACUUCCUGCACCUCUACGAGCAAGACCUGCGCACCAAGUGCGCCUACACCGGCCCGUUCCCCUACUGGGACUGGAGUCUCUCCUAUCAGGACCCGCGCAACGCCUCCGUGUUCGACGGCACCGACCUCUCGCUCGGCGGCAACGGCGUCUACAUCCCCGACCGCCCAGCAACCAAUAUCUCGCUCCCCGGCGGUUUUACCCUGACCAUCCCGCCCGCCACCGGCGGCGGCUGUGUCGAGUCGGGCCCGUUCACGCCCGACAAGUUCGAGGUGCGCCUCGGCCCCGUUGCGUACGAGCCCGUCGGCCCGGACGGUGGGUUGGGCUACAACCCGCGCUGUCUGACGCGCGAUCUCAGUCCCGAGUUCAGCAAGCAGACGCGGCCGUCGAGGGUUUUGAAGCUGAUUGACGAGUGCAAGGACCUCGCGUGCGUCAACGAGCAGAUGGACAUCCCCGAUGGUGUUCCCGGCGGUGUGCAUGCCGCCGGCCACUGGCAGGUUGGGUUGGAGGCGCUGGAUAUCUAUGCCAGCCCGAGUGAUCCCGUGUUCUAUCUGCAUCAUGCGCAGAUUGAUCGGGUUUGGACCAUCUGGCAGGGACAGAAGCCGGCGGAGAGGAACAUGAUGGUUUGGGGUACCGGGACGGCAGUGAAUGACCCGCCAUCUCCCAACGUCACACUCGACUCUAUUGUCGAGUUUGGCAUUCUUGCUCCUCCCAAGUCCAUUAGGCAGCUUGUCUCGACCAUCGACGGUGAGUUCUGCUACGUCUACAACUGAAGUUGGGUUGGAUUGCUCGACCAUGUGGAGGGGGAACUUGGAGUCAUUGGAGCGAUCUCAUCGGGAGCACAGGCGGUCGGCCUUCAGUUAAGUUAUUCUUCAUUCAGGGAAGUAGACAGACUUCGAUUCCGUUGCCGACUCAACCUUGCCUUGUUGGUGUACGUCUGGUUGUAUAUGUCUUGACACUCAUCAAUCUGUGUUGUAUACCUCUUCGUCUAGCUGCACGCAAGUCUCUUUUCGGGGCUUACUUUACCCGUGCUUCUUUCCCUGUCGGUUUUCAGGGCCCU